CCGCCCUCUUGCUGUUUGCACACGCCCACACACCAAACCAAAUGUGUUAUCGCUAGUGUCGGACUAGGAGUGGUUGGUUUCUUUUAAUUAUUGAAGUCGUGCGUUCAGCCUUUAUUUGAGGUGGAUCUUCAAUUGAGGUAGGCUGCACGAACAAAAUGAGCUUGUGGUUUUGAAGGCGGCAUUUGGUAGAGGCGUCGCAAUGGCGAACGGACUUAAAACAACAUUAACACGGCUUUGUAGAUAUCUGCAGGAUCCGUACCAUGUGGCGAGAUUCCAACAGCUUUGUGGGGUGAAAGGAACGUUUCCCCCACAGAACACGACUGAGGACGAUUUAACGUCCAAUGGUGUCUGCGUGAAGCAGGGCCUACGUGAAGAGGAUGUUGGCCCCAAGCAAAGAAAUACAGCCUCAAAUAGAUUGGAACAGAAUGACUGUUCUAAGGGGUUGCUUAAAGGGGAGGCUGGAUCCGUUGCUGCUGAUGAACCAAACGCAGGUAGUGAUUUGGACAGAAGGAUAGAAACUGGCCAUAGAAUGGCUGGCCAGCAAUUUGAAUUAGGUAAUGACGAGAAGACGGGGGUUUCAAUGAAAAGGGCAAAACCUCUGCGUAAGAACUCUUUGACUGGCGAAGUAGGCCAGGAGUUUAUUAUAAACAAUCCGUUUUUGUUCUAUCUUUUCACAUUUGGAACUGAGCUGGGCAACGAGAUGUUCUUCAUAGUUUUCUUUCCCUUUCUCAUGUGGAAUGUUGAUGCUUUUGUAAGCAGACAACUAAUAGUGGUAUGGAUUUGGAAUCUCUUCUUCGGUCAGUGCGCCAAAGACCUUAUCCGCUGGACGCGACCGACAUCGCCACCCGUAGUUAAGGUGGAGAUAUUUUACAAUUUGGAGUACAGUAUGCCAUCGACGCACGCUAUGUCCGGAACAGCCAUACCCUUUUGCCUCUUCUUACUCACUUAUGGACGCUGGCAGUACCCGUUCCUGAUUGGCUUAAGCGUGGCCAUCUGCUGGAGCAUCCUGGUCUGCAUAAGCAGAAUCUACAUGGGCAUGCACUCCAUUCUGGAGGUUAUCUCAGGCUUCCUCUUCAGUCUGUUGAUCCUGGCCUGCUUCAGACCAUAUUUGGCCCAGAUCGACAGCUUCUACCUGAUGAGCCCGUAUGCAUCGUUGGUCAUUGUUACCCUGCAUGUGAGCCUAGGUCUGCUGGCCUUCUCCCUGGAUUCCUGGAGCACCUCACGGGGCGACACCGCACAGGCCCUAGGCACUGGGGCUGGGGCUGCCUUAGCCUCCCACUUAAACUAUCAGCUGGGGCUGCUGGCUGACCCAGCCCUGUCGGCAUUACCACUAUACUUUCCAUCCCUCAGCACUGACCUACUGGUCCGCAUAGGACUGCGUCUCCUCAUCGGAGUAUCCUGCCUGCUCGCUGUUCGGGCGACCACGAAAGCAAUUACUGUUCCAUUGGUCUGCCGUGUGUUGAAGGUGCCUUGUGACAACGUUAGGGAGGCGCGACAGAACAUGAUGGUGGAGCUGCCGUAUCGCUAUGUUGUCUACGGCUCCAUCUCCUUUAGUUGUGUCUUUGUUGUGCCCCUUCUUUUCAGCUGCUUAAACAUUUCCUGAGAGCGUCUCUCCCUGAAUCAAAACAGAUCCUCCAUUAGGUUCAGGAUUGUUAUUGCCUUGUGCUGAGCAUAUUUGAGUUUUCUUUUUGGACCAGGAAACAUGGUUGGUAACACUUCACAUUAGGAUGCCCUUAUUCCUAGGUAAUUGGACUGUAAGAUCAAGCAAAACUAUAUUAUUGACAGUACAUGUUUUGGCAAUUUAAAUACACAUCAUAAUACUUGUUACUACAGGUAUUACAAAGUAGUAGAAAUUGGAAAUAUGAUGUUCCAAAUUGUUAUAAAUUCACAUUUGAUGACCUGGCCAUAAUUUAUACCAAAUCAAAUAUGCAGCUUGCAUGAACUUCAUGUAAACAUGGAUGUGCUUCUUACUGUAUAUUAUACGGUCUGACUGAGACCUUUGUACUUUUUUAUACUAGAGGUGCAUUGAGAGAUGGAGAUGGACAGGAUUAUAGUCCAAUUGGAACUGAAGGAAAUAGUAAAUCUUGCAUGGUGGCAGAUGUGAUUGGUAGUCGUACAGUGUAAAGUGCACUCAUACUUAAUAUCCAACUGUAAAUGUAAAAUGCAAAUGUAACUGUACUUCAUACAUUAAUUUUAUUUGCCAGUGAGUCCUCUUUAUCAAGAGCAAAAGCAGGUACUCAAAUAGUUAAAGACUGAUCCACCGAUCCAGGUAGUCCACUAGCUAGACCUGUAAAUGUAUUGUAAACCCCUUGAUAUCAUGGUUGUAGGAUGCCUAUAAUGAAAAUAUUAUGUAUUGAAGUGAUAGUGAUCAGAUCCAGUUGAAGUGGGGGUACGUCAUUUAGACUCAUGCUCAGCAGGACUGAAGCAGCAAACCACAUGGGACUAACACCAGAUCAGGGGCGUUACUGGGGCACAGGCCCCUAUUCAAAUCCUUUUUUUUCUUCCAAGCUUGCUGCGUACAAUGCACUACUAGGCUAUAGAAACUCCCCUUGCUUAACCUACUAUACAACAGAUACAUAUACUUCUGUGUGCAGGCUGCAGUGGCUAUUUGGCAAGCUCAGAAGAGCACGCUGACAUGGAACUGCGGGCAUCAAUUUAUGUUUUUGGUUAAACUGCUUUUGUUUUACAAGCGCUGAUUGGGAUACUGUGUUUAUUUUUCCUGGAUAAUCAAUAUAAAUGAAUGCACUGAAAAAUAAAGUAAGUUGUUAAAACUCAAACUUUAGAUUUUAUGGGGCACAGCGGAUUUAUACUGGGGCACACGUGUAAAAAGGGUCUAAUGGCGCCCCUGCACCAGAUGCAAUUAAAAUAAUGUAUUUGGUUCCUCAAAAUGCUUACCUAAUUAUUAGCAGGUGUCAAAAUCAACAAAGAGAAUAAUGUAGAAUGGACCACAUAUGAUUUGCACUGUACAUGUCCCUUCUAUCCUCGGACCAUGAUUUGUGUUAUA